UGUUGGUCUUAACAUAACAUGUUCCUAGAAAUUUCCUCUACUAAGACUCUUUCUUUGUUUUGCUCUCUCGUUUCCAUGCUUUGACUCUGUAUCUAUUUCUCACUCUGCAACCUUACAAAGGAAGGAUCCAGAGUGAGUUUACUCUCAGACCCAGGAAGUGCUAUUUUGCAUUUAGGGUUUUAGAAGCUGGAUCUGAUUUGAGCUAUUAAGAUGGGGGGACAAUCUAGCAAGAUGAUGAAUGAUGCUAAUGACUGCACAAAAAUGGGUACCCAUUCUCUGUAUGCAGCUGAUUUGAGUUCAUAUGAGGCUGCAUGUGUUAAAGAUCCAAACUUGCAAUCUUUUGAUGAGUCAAUUAAAGAGCGAACCAAUAGGGUUAUUAGUUCUCUUGCUAGUGGUGUUGAGGUUAGGUCUUUAUCUUUUGAUUCACUGAGAGAAGUAACUGAUAGUUUGCUCGAGAUGAACCACGAAGUUGUUAAAGUGAUUUUGGAUUGCAAGAGAGAUAUAUGGGGAAACAAGGAUUUGUUCUCGUUGGUUAAUGAUUAUUUUGAUAAUAGUAUGCAGACAUUGGAGUUUUGUAAUUCUCUUGAGAAGUGUUUGAGACGGGCGCGCGAGAAUCAAGUGAUUGUUAAGUCGGUGAUUACCUAUUUUGAAGAAGAGGUGCAAAAUGGGCUUGAAGGGGGGACUUGUGUGAAGACAUUGCAAGAGCUUAAGAAUUUUAAGGAUGCCGGAGACCCUUUUACGGAGGAGUUUUAUCUGUUGUUUCAAUCGGUUUACACGCAACAGGCAACCAUGUUGAAGAAAUUGCAAAUCAGAAAGAGGAAGCUUGAUAAGAAAUUGAAGUCACUCAAGUCAUGGAAAAGGGUUUCUAAUGCAAUUUUCUUGGCUGCUUUCGUUUCGGUGUUGAUUUUCUCUGUGGUUGCUGCUUCUAUUGCAGCACCGCCGGUUGUAACAGCGUUGGCUGCAGCGUUGGUUGUUCCAUUAGGGUCGGUUGGAAAAUGGUGUAACUCGCUUUUUAAGGGCUACGAGAAGGCUCUAAAGGGACAAAGGGAAGUAGUUGACUCAAUGCAGCUUGGUACUUACAUUUCACUGAAGGAUUUGGACAACAUUCGGGUGCUUACGAACAAAUUGGAACUACAGCUUGAAUCGUUAUUGCAGAAUGCUGAUUUUGCGCUUAAAAAUGAGGAUGUGAUAAAGAUUGCAAUCGACGAGAUUAAGAAGAAUAUAGAAACUUUUUCAGAGACGUUGGAGACUCUAAGCGCAAAUGCUGAUAAAUGCAGUCGACAGAUACGAAAAGCAAGGACGGUCGUUAUACAAAAUAUAAUCAAAAGACCUGGUUGAGAUUAUGUAAUUUCGGAUUAUUCUAUAUUGCUUACUUUCUCUUGAUGGCAAAGGCUACAAAUUGUGAAGUAUGAUUCAGUAGUAGCAAGAUCAUAACUUCAAUAAGAUGCCGUAAAUCAAGAGAAAUGAAGAUAUAACUUGUGUAGAACAUUUAUGUACUUAUUUAUAUAUAAUAUAACCCUUAUGUGUAGAUAUUUGGACUAUACAUACAUUGUUACAAAUGUGUUUGAUGUUGUU